GCUGCUUUGCGGCCGAGCCGGCAGCUGCAGUUUUGGCAUGUUGCAUGCUGGACGGUUUGUGGGUGCAGCAGUUGUUAAGCAGUUGUCGCAGGUUGCAAGCGGGAAAAUAGCUUACAAGUCCCGUAGUGUUUGGAACAUGGCGAAGGACAUGGGCCAACGGAUGGUGUGGGUGGACUUGGAGAUGACUGGCCUAGAUAUCGAGAAGGACGAGAUCAUUGAGAUGGCAUGCCUCAUAACUGAUUCUAAUCUUGAUAUUCUGGCAGAAGGUCCUAAUUUGAUUAUUAAGCAGCCAGAUGAACUAUUGGACGGCAUGUCUGACUGGUGCAAAGAGCACCAUGGGAAGUCUGGUCUUACCCAAGCAGUCAGAGAGAGUCGAAUAACAUUACAACAAGCUGAGUAUGAAUUUCUUUCAUUCAUCAGGCAACACACACCUCCGGGAGUCUGCCCAUUAGCAGGAAAUUCAGUGCAUGCAGAUAAGAAAUUUCUGGAUAAAUAUAUGCCACGGUUUAUGAGACACUUACAUUACCGGAUCAUUGAUGUGAGCACUGUGAAAGAAUUGUGCAGACGCUGGCACCCUGUAGAAUAUGGACUUGCUCCUAAAAAGGCAGCUUCACAUAGAGCCCUGGAUGAUAUCAGAGAGAGCAUCAAGGAACUGCAGUUUUAUAGGGAAAGCAUUUUCAAGACAAAAACUGAUUAAAAAAAGAAAGAUAUUAGAAAAUGGAGAAGCAGCCAAGCCAGAGUCUGUGACCAACAUCUGACUCGAAGAGGCGGAAUCUUUGUUGAUUUUAUAUGGUACCACAAACAGCAAGAUUUCUGAAAACUACAUUUCUUGCAUGCUUGGUUAUUUAAAACUACAAGCUUUCAUGCGCCUACAUGAGCUAAACCUUGCCCUGAGUUAUGGCUGUUUCUUUAAAACGGCUUUAAAGUUUUACUAAUGUAUCUUUAAAAAAGUUGAAAUUUCACAACACGCCGCUUUCUUCUGUCUCACUUGCUGUGACAUGGAGAGAUAUGGUUAAUGGUAUUUAGUUUGGUGAACAGUUCAGAUAGUAUUUGGUAGGGGAUUUUCUAUUUUGAGGAUUUUUCCACUAUGAGAUGGAACAUUAUUUGCCAAGUUGUUUGUGUGGCAUUAUGAGCUAUUGAUAUGAAUGCUUGUUCAGCUGUCUUCCAUUUAAGUUUUUCAAACUGUAUUAACAAAUAAACUUUACAUUUCUUUAUUAAAA